AUUUGCCAUCGGUCAGGCGCACUAGCGUUCUACCUCCUUUGUAGAAGAGCCGUGUUACGGAUAGAUUUUCCACCGUUCUACCAUCGUCGCAAGGGCGUUCGACGACAAAGACGAGGUGGACGAGAAGGAUGUGUCUCUAAUCGCGAAACGAUAAUAAUUGUGUCGAGUUAUCAAUUUCCUUAUACUUCAGCAUCACCGUCUAUAGUUUUGUCCUUCUUUCUCGAUCUACAAGGAGAAAUAAUACAAUCGAGUAAAGAACAAUCGAUCCCAUAGAUUCAAUUCUUUUUAACAUUGUCUGUUAUUUUCCACCGGACGAUAGAACAACGGUGUGCUUGAUUUUUGUCUUGGCGGACAACACAACGCACUCGCCGAAAAACUGACGACGUUAAAUAAGGAAUUCAUUCAAUUUUAAUAAUGCCACCUUUUAAGAGGGAAGCGUCAUCGGAAGUGGCACCCGCAACAACUACUUCAGGAAAUGUCGAAACGCAAGAGGAAACAUCGAACCUUCCGCAAUUGACAAUGAAGUCCAUGACCAGUACCGAGGAGGCAGCAAGAAGCGAAACCGAGUCGGAAGUCACUACGGAAAGUACGAUGAAAAAUCUGAAGGAUCAACUCGGAACGUUGUCGAAAGAUCUGGCCGAAGAAAUGGGAAUACCAACGUGGGGUUUAGUCGCGAUUUUAAUAGCUGUCGGCGUAGUCGUCCUCGGGAUUUGUUUCUGCUGUAUAAGAAGAUGUUGUCGCAAAAGACGUUCCAAGGAUGGUAAGAAGGGCCUAAAAGGAGCGGUAGAUUUAAAAUCAGUUCAGUUACUUGGAAGCACGUAUAAGGAUAAGGUACAGCCUGAUAUGGAAGAACUCACGGAUAACGCGGAAGAACCAGACGAAGCUGAAAGCAAACAGAGCGAAGUCAAGCUCGGAAAGCUUCAAUACAAGCUCGAGUAUGACUUCAAUUCAAAUAGUUUGGCAGUGACGGUGAUACAGGCCGAAGAAUUGCCAGCUUUAGACAUGGGUGGUACUUCUGAUCCUUACGUAAAGGUAUACUUGUUGCCCGAUAAGAAAAAGAAAUUCGAGACGAAGGUCCACAGAAAGACGCUGAGCCCUGUCUUCGAAGAAACGUUCGUCUUUAAGAAUGUACCCUACGCGGAGGCAAUGAAUAAAACUUUAGUAUUCGCGAUUUUUGACUUUGACAGAUUUUCUAAGCACGAUCAAAUCGGUGAGGUGAAGGUACCAUUGUGUCAGGUCGAUCUCGCACAGACCAUCGAGGAAUGGCGAGAAUUGCAAAGCGUCGAAGGAGAGGGUGGUCAGGAUAACAAAUUGGGCGAUAUUUGUUUCUCCCUGAGAUAUGUCCCAACGGCUGGUAAACUCACGGUGGUCAUCCUCGAAGCUAAGAAUCUUAAAAAGAUGGACGUCGGUGGUCUCUCGGACCCUUACGUCAAGAUUGCACUCAUGCAAAAUGGUAAAAGACUUAAGAAAAAAAAGACGUCCAUCAAGAAGUGCACUCUUAAUCCUUAUUACAACGAAUCGUUCACCUUUGAAGUACCAUUCGAGCAGAUCCAAAAAGUGCAAUUGGUCGUGACAGUGGUAGACUAUGAUCGCAUUGGUACUUCGGAACCAAUUGGCAAGGUUGUAUUGGGAUACAACGCGAGUGGAACUGAAUUGAGACAUUGGUCGGACAUGCUGGCAUCUCCAAGGCGUCCAAUAGCUCAAUGGCACACACUCAAGGAACCCGAGAACGGAGACAGGAAGGAUUAAAUUAGUUGAAUGAAUAUUUAAUCGAGGAAUAUAUCGCACGA